ACAAAUAAUGCGGAACUCAAGCGCUUGCCGUUGGUUGCGCCCGGACCAGUAGUUCGGUUGCACGCUGUGCCCUUGACUUCCUACGAGAGGUGAUAGCCGAUGAAUAGUAGUAGCAGGCAUCUCGGAAAUUAUUAAAUAAGGUCUGAACUAAGGGGCACAUUUCUCGCCAUGGGCUUUAUUCCAGAAGAGGGGAAGUCUCUGCCUCCUCCGGGGCUCGUGAACAGGAAUUCGCUGUGGCUGGCGGGUGUAGGCUGGGUCUCCGCCGUGCUGCACAACGCUAUCAACCACAGGCCGCCAGUGAAAUCAGGUGUUCAUCGACAGUUUCUGCUGGCAACCAUUGGCUGGUUCAUCGGCUACCAUGUUACCAAAUAUGAAAAUUACACUUAUGCUAGACUCGAUCGAGACAUGAAUGAGUAUAUCAAACUCCACCCGGACAAAUUUGUACCAAAGGAGCAAAAGACCUUUGCUGAGAUUGUUGAGCCUUUCCAUCCUGUGCGCUAAGCAUCAGUGGCUGCAGAGAGAGGAAACAGUCACAGUUGCCGCCUGUGUUGAGCAGCCUUUUUGUGAGAGCAUUCUGUCAUAAAUUGUUUGAAAUAUAGAUAUGUAAAUAAAAAGAAUAAACUCCACUCACAAACUCAAUUUUGUGACUGACUUUAUUAGUGUAAACAAAAAGUUGAAUCCUUUACAAGCUUAGGAAACUCUUAUAUUCUUUAAAAAGUCAUAUCUUUCUUGUGCUGUUUGUUUAUAUAAAAGGGAUCAUUACAAAAGCAAAUUAAGAGACACAAUUGAGUAAUUUUGACAAUGCAUAUUUAUUCCUUAUUCAUUAGGUUAGAAGUUUGGGGUCACUGAAUGUAAACAUUUCAGACAUUUGCGAUGUUUGGGUGUCUUAGAUGACUCUCUUAAAAACAGAUGUCCACAUAUCUUAGGACUAAUUUGCUACCCCAAUAAUGUCCAUGUAUUUCUCAGUGAGAGUCUGCGUCUUCUUGGUGAGGUCACUCAUCACAGAAAACAGUCCUCUCACGUGGAAGUGGAAGAGGACUUCAGGAUCUGUGUCCAAGAGAGGCUCCAGGGUCUUGUUCAGUGCGGUGUUGUUUUUGGCCUUGUGAUCAUCCAGGGGUAUUAGGCCGCUCUCCACUGUGGUCCGUAUGGCUUUGAGCAUCAAGUAGUUGCCGUACAGGUCUUUGCAGGUCUCUUCUGCAGCUUCACAGUCCCAAA